AUGUUGUACCAUAUAUUGCUAUUGAUCCAUGUGGCUUUGGCAGUUGUUCCAAACAUCCCCAAAAUAUCAUCUCAAUUGCUGCCCAACCCACACUAUUCAUUACCAAAUUUGUUGUCCAUAGAAUCUAAAGAAGACAUCAACAACUUUGACAUUUCCAAUAAUAUUCAAUUUGACAACGGUAGACUAUUAUUAGGAGAGUUAGGUUCAAUCUGGGGGAAAUACAAGAUCCCCACUCUCAAUAAGCCAUGGACUAUCGAAUUGAUCUUCAGAUCAACAGGAACAAAAGAGGAUAGAAAAUAUGAAGACAACAGUUUAAACGUAUGGCUACUCAAUGAAGAUAACAACAAUUUGCCUUUUGAUAGUUUUGAUGGAUUUGAGAUCAGUAUAAAUAACGAAGGCCAGAUUCCAGGAGUAAAACUCUAUAACAAUGAUGGACUGCAAAAUAUCAUUCAUGAUGCUAGUCAUGUAUUGGGAACUUGUAAAUUUCAAUAUUUGGACUCUGAUGUACCUUUCACAUUAAGAAUUUCUUAUGACGCUAACUCAUGGUUCAAGAUUCAGUUGGAUAAUAAUUUAUGUUUCAAAACGAAUCAAAUCUCUAUUCCAUUCCAAGAACUCAAAUUGGGAAUUACAUCCAAAAUAAACCAACAAUCAAAUGAGAAAUUUGAGAUCUUAUCCUUGAAAACAUGGGAACUAUUAACUGCAGAUGCCAUUGAUGACCAUGGGUUAAUGAUUGGUGAUGAAAUCAAAAUUGAUGUUGAAACGGAAGUAAAGAACGAUAACCAGGUCAAACCAAACCACAUCCGUGAAUCGUUAAUGGAAAGAGCACAAAGAUUGAGAAAGGAAGCUAUAGAUUCAGAAAGACAAAACUUGAAGAAUCAAGAUUCAAACACCAACAGCCAGUUAGACUUGAUCCUUUCUAAGUUGAACUAUUUAGAGGUCUCGUUAACUGGGCUUAACGGGGGAGAAGACGACUCGCAAAUACUUUCAAUUAACAAAGAAAUAACAGGAUUGAACAACGUGUUUGCUGAAUUGAAAUCAACAGUUACAGACACAAAGCAAGCAGUAGUUGACUUACAAAACGUUUUAGUCAAACAGUACUCACAAAUGUUGGAUUCAAUAGCACAAUUAAAUCAAAAAGUCAUUGGUGAAGUUCGAGAACAACAUUAUGGAAUGGAGGAGCUAAGCAGAAAAGUUGAUCUAUUAAUGAACAACCAUAAGGAAAUUGCCUACCAAUAUGAAAAGACUCGACAAGACACACAAGGAGAAGCAUCUAAGCUGGGCAAUGUCAUUGACAAGUUGUUGAAAUGGAUUUUAUUCCCGUUGGUAUUGAUUUUAUUGGUAUUGGUGAUAUUUGUUUACCGCCUAAGACAUGACAUCAAACAUUCAAAACUUUUGUGA